AUGGGGGACAUAGCUACUGAUUUUGGAAAACUCAGACAUCUUAAGUGGUUAUCUUUUGGUAGAACUGCGGAUCUUGGUGUCAUGAAAAAGUUUGAUUCACUGUCUAAUUGCAGCAAUUUGGAAGUAUUACAAAUUGAAGGCGUCCGAUUAACGAGGGGGUUACCAAAUUCGUUUGGGAAUUUAAGCAAACUGACGAUCCUAGCACUUCAAAAUAGCUACAUAUCAGGCAGCUUGCCUUCAUCUAUAGGCAAUUUGUUUAGCUUAACUGUCCUUUCUUUAGCUGGAAAUAAUUUCACAGGCAUGAUUCCCGAAAGCAUUGGCAAGCUUCAAAAGUUAGGAGUGCUGCAUCUAGAGGUUAACAGUUUCUCUGGGAUCGUUCCUAGAUCUAUCGGAAACCUGUCAUCCUUAAAUCAAAUGGAAUUAAGUAGAAACAAAUUGGAAGGUAGUAUACCCUCGAGUAUCGGGGAAUGCAAAAACUUGAUACUUCUAUCACUUGCUUCAAAUAACCUUAGAGGAAGUAUACCCAAAGGACUAUUCCAAUUGUCUUCACUUUCGAUCAUACUAGAUCUGAGUCAAAACAACCUCUCCGGAGUGCUUCUGGGAGAGAUUGGCGGCCUGAAAAACUUAGGAACGCUCGAUUUGUCCCAGAAUCAUCUAUACGGUGAACUUCCUAGUAGUCUAAGCAGCUGCAUCAGCCUUCAAUUCUUAAAUUUUUCCAGCAAUUUCUUACAAGGAUCGAUGCCGGAAGCAUUGAGUUCUUUGAAAGCCCUCGAAUAUGUUAACCUAUCAAGAAAUAACUUUUCUCGACAUAUUCCUAGAUAUUUGCAAUAA